CAUACUAUCCAUGAACUCCUCGCAUAUUUGUUGGUGUGCAGCAAAGAUAUCGCUUCGAGGCGGUGGUAUAUAAAAAAAAGCCAAAACCAAAAUUUGCCAACGUAAUUAAUGCGCUCUUUCUCAUGACAAAACAUGCCGGCCGAACCGAUGCGCGCUCUUCCUUCUCUCCAUCUUCUCCAUCUUCUUCUUCUUCCUGCUGCCGUGGAGGGUGCCAAACACAACCAACCGAUGGAAUUAAAUUUGAUUGUACAUUUCAAAGCGCUCUCUGGACAACAACUUCUCAGAUACCGCCACAGGCGCGCAAGAGAUGUCGUGUGUCCAGUUCAAAAGGAUCGUAGGUGUAAAAAAGAGAAGAGGUAUAGACAGCUCGGUUGGAAGCAAGGAUGGAAAUUCAAGUAACCGCAUCUCCUUUUGUUCGUCCCUCAUUGAAAGU